AUGUCCAACAACUCGAAUAACUCGUCGAUAAACUCCUCAUCUGUUUACGAUGAGCUGGCCUCGAAUCUCAAAGAUGUCUCCAUGAUCGACCUUCAGAGACAGACGGGAUCCACCGAAGAAGGUGGACAGUCGGAGUCAACGACAAAUUCUACCGAUAGUUCAGUAAAUACACCUACAAGACGCAAGUCCACACUCAUACUUACGGAUGACAUGGACUACGACAAACACAAGACAGGAAGCACGACACACAAGGAUGAUGAUAUGGUAAUUGACAGCGAAAAUGACAUAGGGCAUUCUCCGAUCGGCGAGCACCCACAGGGGCCACAAUCUCAAUCUCAACAACAGGCAGCUCAACCAAUAUUGGUGCCAACGGUGUUUAAAUGGACGGAAGGAGGUUCUAAGGUGUUCGUUAUGGGAACGUUCACCGGAUGGCGAAAAAUGAUUGCUUUGAAUGGUCCUUCUAAGAAGGAUGGUAGUUUCAGUGUACAAAUUGCACUGCCUCCGGGAACACACAGAUUUAAGUUCGUGGUGGAUAACGAAGUGCGAUUCUCUAACUUCAUCCCUACAGCAACAGAUACGUCCGGACAUUUUGUUAAUUACUUAGAAGUGAUUCCGUCAGAGCAUGAUGACUAUACCAGCUUGAAUGCCAUCACACAAGGAAGCCGGUCAAAAUCAUACUUGAGGACACUGGAUUCAAAGCUGGGACUCACAAGAGAUGACGACGACAUGGGAGAUGGCUAUACCAGAUACCACGACGACGAAGAGCUUCCUGAUAGCGCUCCUGCGGAAUACAUCGAUUCAAUUCCUCCAAUUUUUACGGACCCGAAGGUGAUGGAGGAGUACUACGUUACACUGGAUAAUAAUCAACGACAAGGUAACCAGAGCCAGCAAUGGCUUAUUCCUCCUCAGCUGCCACCACAUCUAGAGAGUGUCAUUCUCAACAGCUACAAUCACACGGAUAAAGACAAUACCUCCGGUGCUCUGAGCAUUCCAAAUCAUGUGGUGUUGAAUCACCUGGCCACAACGUCCAUCAAACACAACACAUUAGCAGUGGCAAGUAUAGUGAGGUACAAGAGAAAGUAUGUCACACAGAUUUUAUAUGCUCCACUUCAAUAA